GAGAGGGACGAGGCUGGCGCGGAAAUUUGAACGUUUUACAACGAGUGGAGCGGGAGUUUCGUUUCUUCAUUUUGGACUAUCAUGGAGGACCCAGUGGAGCAGUACCGGAGAUAUGUCUCCAAAGGAAAGCAAGAGGCCCGUGAUGGGAACCUGGAGGAAUCCAUCCGACUGUUCAGACAAGCUUUAGCAAUCCAUCCCAGUGAAAAGCUGACGAAGAACAUCAAAAAGAUGGAGGAAGCCUUGGCUUCUUUGGCCCUGGACCAGGAGGAGGAGGAUAGCUUUGUGGAUGUGUGUCAGAGCGGCCUGAUGAUGUACGGGGAAAUGUACGACAAGCUCUUUGAGCACCAGAGAGAAGGGGUGGCCUUCUUGUACGGCUUGUACAGAGAUGGAAAGAAAGGGGGCAUCUUGGCAGACGACAUGGGCCUGGGCAAGACCAUUCAGAUCAUUGCUUUCCUUUCAGGCAUGUUUGAUGAGGAACAUAUCAAAUCUGUGCUGCUAAUUGUGCCAACCACCCUCAUCAGCAACUGGACGAAAGAGUUUGCCAGCUGGACUCCAGGGCUGCGGGUGAAAGUCUUUCACGGGACCUGUAUAGCUGAACGCAACAGAAAUCUUGAGUGGAUCCAGAGGAGGCAUGGUAUCCUACUCACAACGUACCAGAUGGUGCUCAACAAUUGGCAGCAGCUCGCCAGCUUUGGCAAUAAGGAGUUUGUUUGGGACUAUGCCAUUCUUGACGAAGCGCAUAAAAUUAAAACUCCAUCGGCCAAAACGACUAAAUCGGUGCACGCCAUUCCUUCCAAAAACCGUAUCCUCCUCACAGGGACCCCGGUCCAAAAUAACCUGAAAGAACUCUGGGCCCUCUUUGACUUUGCUUGUCAAGGCUCACUCCUUGGGACCAUGAAAACCUUUCGGAUGGAAUACGAGAACCCGAUCACAAGAGCCAGAGCGAAGGAUGCGACGCCAGGAGAGAAGGCGCUGGGCCUUAAGAUCUCUGAAAACCUGAUGUCCAUCAUCAAGCCCUAUUUCCUGAGACGCAGCAAAGACGAGCUAAAGAAGACAGUUAAUCUUGAACAGAAAAGCAAUCUUCCUGCCCUUCAAAGUAAGGAUGCGGCUCCUCCGAUGCCAUCUCUCCCCAGAAAAAAUGACUUCAUCGUAUGGGUGUACUUGGCACCCAUACAAGAAGAGAUAUACAGGAAAUUCAUUUCUUUGGAUCAUAUCAAGGAGUUGCUGAUGACAACAAGGUCUCCGUUGGCUGAACUGAAUAUCCUCAAGAAGCUCUGCGAUCACCCCAGAUUGUUAUCUGCAAGAGCCUGCAGCCAACUUGGUCUGGAAACAUCCAGUUGUUAUGACCUGGAUGGGGAUGAAAACGAAGCCAAUGACGUUCUGCACCAGAACAUUGAACACCUUUCUGAUCAGGUUCUGAUUGAGGAGUCUGGAAAGUUGCUUUUCCUUGUGGCCCUGCUGGACCGACUGCAAGAAGAGGGCCAUAGGACGCUUGUGUUCUCUCAGUCAAGGAAAAUGCUAGACAUUAUUGAGCGCAUUUUAACUCGCAGGCGCUUCAAGCUCAUGCGCAUCGACGGAACGGUGACUCAUUUGACGGAGCGAGAAAAAAGAAUUGGGAUGUUUCAGAAGAACAGCGAAUACUCCGUCUUUUUGCUCACGACCCAAGUCGGUGGAGUUGGCUUAACCUUAACGGCCGCAACCAGAGUGGUGAUCUUUGAUCCUAGCUGGAAUCCAGCUACAGAUGCUCAGGCUGUAGACAGAGCUUAUAGAAUUGGGCAAAAAGCCAACGUGGUGAUCUACCGGCUCAUUACCUGCGGGACGGUCGAAGAGAAAAUCUAUCGCAGGCAAGUCUUCAAGGACUCGCUAAUCCGCCAAAGCACAGGCGAGAAGAAGAACCCAUACAGAUAUUUCAGUAACCAAGAACUGAGAGAGCUCUUCACGCUGGAAGACCCCCGAAGCUCAUCGACACAACUCCAAUUGCAGUCCUUGCAUUCCUCCCAAAGGAAGACGGACACUCAGCUGGACGAGCAUAUUGCGUACCUCCACUCGUUGGAAAUAUUUGGCAUCUCAGACCAUGAUUUGAUGUAUACGCAUGAAACGGUUAACGAAGAUGAAGCAGAGAAUGAAGAAGAUCACCGAUACAUUGAACACAGAGUACAGAAAGCCCAGGAGUUGGUGCAGCUAGAGUCACAAUUGAAAGACCAGUUGGUAGAAAGCAUGGGAAACACAACCGAAGGAGCGUGGCUGAGAGAAACGGAAUUAUCUACCCAGCCAAAGAAGAAAACACCCAGACCUCCUCAGAAUCAUGUCUCACCUGCACCAGUUCAACCCACAAGUGAUGGAGUGGUUGAUCUUGUAACUGAUAAUGAAGAUGACAACAUGAGUGAUGAGGGCAGUGAUUGUCACAUUAUCAAUGUAAGCUCUAAAAUGGCAAGUCUAGUUAUUGAGGAUGUGGAUGACGAACAAAUACUUCAGGACAUAUCUAACAUGGAUGUAUCCCUUUCCAAGAAGAAGGAAGACAAACCAGCCAGGCUACAAGCAUAUGAGCAAGAGCAUGAUCAGAGGACCAUGUCCCCUUUGCCUCGAUCCAACUCCUUCUCUAACAAGGAGAAUUCCCACCCAGAACUCCAGAUGAUCUCCAGUGAUCCGCUUGCCCAAGAUGUUGACAAUGAACAGCUUUGGAACAAAUCUGACAUGGAUGUAUCUGUUUUCAAGAGUGAAGAUUGCAGAUCACCCAGGCUACGAGAAUGUAAACAAGAGCAAGAUCAAAGCACCAUGUCCCCUUUUCCUCAAGCCAAAAAGCAGAGUUACCAUCCAGAAUUCAGUCCAACCUCCCAUGAUCCGCUUGCCCUAGAUGUGGACAACAAAUCCGACAUGGACAUAUCUCUUGCUAAGAAUGAGGAAUGCAAUUCACCCCAAUUACAGCAAAACAGUGAUUCGAAAAGGAUGCCAUCUUUUCUUGCUGCUCUCUCAUUAUCUUAUGAGGAAAAUCGCAGUCCUGAAUCCCAAACAAUUCCCUGUGAUCUAUCUGCUGAAGCAAGCGUCAAGUUUGAUGAUGUCCAAGUGGAACCAUUGCACCAGUUAUCUGCCUCCAGUGAUGAUGAGAAACUAACUAAGACUGAACUAACAUCUGAUGUUAAAAAACUGCAUGAAGAAGCUAGUGAAAUUUAUGAGUUAGAUACUUCAGUGCCAUUUCAGCCACAUGCCAAUAAUACCUCAAAGUGCAGUGCAGUGCAGAAAUCUGAAAUUAUGCUGGAAGAGGAAUCCUUCACGACUCCUUCCCCAUACCAAACUGAUUUCAACCUUGUCUUAGAUGAUUCUGAAGAUGGUCUGCAAGUUGCUUUAGGAGAAGAAAUGUCACUGGAGGAAACAGAAAAUGAAGGAUUUCAGCUGCAGCUGGACAGUCACCAUAGCUCUGCAUCUCAUUCUUGGGCUGGAGGAAACGAAGGCAAUGGAAGCCUUCAGCCUAGGAAAGAUAUGAUGGGGUCUCCACUUAUGGAAGGCUUUAAUAGACUUUCUGAUGCUUCAAUGGACAACAGUGAGAUUUCUCUUAGAUAUAAGAAGAAGCCAAUUAGAAGAAUAGUUUCAGACGAUGAAGAGGAGCAACAUGAUUCUGUUACAGAACUUGAUGAUAGUGAACAUGAGAAAAUAUCAGCCUUGAACAACAUAGGUAGGAUCUGUAUGUCAACCCCAAAGGCCAAUGAGUCCAUGGCCAGUCUCGGUUUCUCUCCAAGACUGAAGGUCAGUGGAAGACGGUCAACCGCCUCUCGAAGAUCCCUGGCCAAUUUAGUCAUGGAUCAGGUGGAGGACAUGGCAGAGGUGGUGGAACCUGAGAGCGAAGGGCCUCCUCAAAGUUCUUUGCAGGAAAGCUUAGAAAGUGAAAUGAGCAAGUCCUACAGUGACCAGGAGCCAUCGGAGCUGGAAGAAGAGCCCUCAGGUGAGACAGUAGACUCGGAGGACACAUCCAGCUAUAUGCCUGAGAUAAGCUCUCUUGGGGACGAGUCUUCGUUUUGAAGCUCUUUGGAAGGACCAGCCCUGCUCUUCUUGAGCUCACUAUCAUUGACAGUCCCUAGGAGAAAAUACGACAUUAUUCCUCUGUUGCCAGCACACGCUAUCUUGAGUUUUUCUUCCAUUUGCACACUUUUGCGAUCCGGAAAGAACAGUUAUGAGUUUGAGUUGCUCGCUGCACUUUGGCAUAAGUUUUACAGACAACUCAACGCUAUUUGUAUUUGCAUGCUUGACCUGUGUAGUUCUACUGAAUUUAGCCUUGAAUUUAGCAUCAUGUAGUAAAGGGGGGAAAUUGUUCUUCUAAUUGGAUAAAAUAGAUUCGGACAGCCUUAUCCUCCUGAACUUAAUUUAUCUUCGAAGUCUGCUUGUCGUGAUUUCUCUUGGAGCCUGUUAGAAAUAUACUUGUUUACAAAA